AUGCUGCUGACAUGGGUUAUGUGGUUCUCAGCGCUCUGCGCCGCGGCACUCGGCUGCCCCACCAUCAUCACCCGCUCCCAGUGGGGGGCCCGGGCCCCGACAAGCAGGACCCAGCUGAGCACCCCAGUGCCCUACGUCAUCAUCCACCACACGGCAGGGAAUCCCUGCACCUCGCAGGCCUCCUGCAGCCAGGUGGUCAGGGGCAUCCAGAACUAUCACAUGGACUCAAACGGCUGGUCCGACAUCGGCUACAACUUCCUGAUCGGUGAGGACGGCAGAGUCUACGAGGGCAGAGGCUGGAGCAGCGUGGGGGCCCACGCCUACGGCUGGAACAGUAAUUCGCUGGGAUUCAGCUUCCUGGGCACCUUCUCCAGCAGAGCCCCCAACGCUGCCGCCCUGAACGCCGCCAAGAGCCUGAUCCAAUGCGCCGUCAACAGGGGCUCCCUAAGCAGCAGCUACACCCUGAAGGGGCAUCGCAACGUGAGCCAGACCGACUGCCCCGCGAACGCCCUCUACAAUGUCAUCACCCAGUGGCCCAGGUUCAAAGCCUGAGUCCCUGCAGCCUUGGGGCAGCCCCUGCGCCCAUCACUGACCCCGCCUGCGGCUUCUGCCUGCCCAAGCAGCA